ACCGAACUAUGACGUAGUCGAACAACGCAGAGACUGCGUACGGACGCAGCCGACGAAAAAGACCGGCCCUGCCGCGCGAAAGUCACGUGACUCUAAUAGAUCCAGCAAAUUCAGUUAGUCCGGCUGCGGUUUGGGAAAACAUGUAUGUUUAUGUAGGUUACCGGCGUAUUAAAUUGUUUAAAACUCUGUUUUUUUAUUGUUUUCUUUUGUGUCAGUAAUAACUGGAAUGUUUUAAAAACCAGCGGACUCGUAGUAAAAGCCAUGUGACGUAAAUUGGACAAACAACAGUGCAAGCAGCCCGCAAAGUUGUGUCUUCGGAUAUCGGUGUUUGUAGGUUAUACCGCCGUAUUUUAAACAUUGAAACUCGGUUUUUAACUUUAUUUUUUGUGUUAUCAAUAACUAAAAUGUUUGAGAAAACCCGUGGGCAUUUGUGAUAAAAACCAAGUACCAGAAAGUACAAAGAACAGUGCAAACAUGCCGCGAUGUUGUGUUUUUGGGUGUCGGUCAAAUUACAAGUCCGAAGAAAUGGGACCCGUUUCCACUUUCAGUUUACCAUCUGACCCGAAUCAAAAACAAGUUUGGCUAAGAAAGAUACCUAAUGAUAUUAGGCAAUUAAAGAAACCAGCUGUAUGUAUAAAACAUUUUGCAGAGAAAGAUGUUAUUUGGAUUGACAAGUGCCUAGUUAAAGGAGAGGCCAAAAUUAGCGGAAGGUGCUGUGCCAACUAUUUUCGAGAAUGCCCCAAAGUACUUCACCCAAACACAGCCCAAUUUGUUCAUUUAGCUGAUGUCGAAGCAGAGCAAAAGGAGGCAGCGAUGAAAGCAACCCUAGAGACACAAAAAACCUUAGAAAAUGCCAAAAAGUUUUCAUCACUGGGAGAUAUUCAGUUUACAGUAACAGUAAUAAUCUGCACAAUGGGUGGGUGCUAAUUUGAGAUAAUGGAAAAAUAUACUUAAAUUUUGUGAAAUUUGAUAUUAAGGCAACUAUAUUAGGCUCUAUUGUUAUAGAAGAUAUUUACAGUGCAUAUAGAGCAUUUUGUGUCCUCUGAGGUUGAAGUUCCAAAAAAAUUGCAAAUAUUAAAUAAUAUGGAUGUUUUGGAAGAGCUAAUGCAAUAUACAUAAAAAAGUUUGUUUAAAAUCGAUUGUAAGAUUUGACGAUAAUAACACCUACAUUGCAUUGCAUGUUAAAUAAAAGCUUGUAAUAACUGUAGAUCGUAAAAAUAUAUUUAAAACAUUUGAUACUAAUACAACAAAUAAUACCUGACUAAAAUAAGUUUCCAAAUACCUUUAGAGAAUUAAUAUUAAAGGAAAUCUUUAGGAAACCAUUUUAUUGCAAUGUAGUCUAUUUCAAUCCUGGAUCUAUUAGGGUCACGUGACCACCGAUACCGAAAAUACGCGCCCAGGCCGCUAUUCUCGUCGGCUGCGGUAUGGACUCUUAUAUUAUUUUCUAUGGCAGCAUCGUUUUUGACGUGAUUUUGUCCGAAAAAGUGCAGAUUCGAGCCGCUUCUAGUUACCCAGCCUUAUUUGCAGCACAUCCCCUAACGAUAGCGACGGUUUCGCGGGCCUGCGGACUUUAGGUGCCUCCAAACGCAUCGCCCUUUGGACCAGCGCACCGCCCUCUACCGAGAAAGUGACAUUCGAUUCCGCCAUGGAUUGGGCGUCGCGAGUGGGAAAGGCGGCCAAAAACGGAUACCAAGUGAUCUACAGACAGUUAACGACGCAAGAGCUGGCUUAUUCCGAUACCCCUGUUUACUGGUUCACCGUGCUUCACAAGAGACUGAUGGGCAACCACGUGCUGGAAGUGAAAUCGCGAGCCGGUCCGGCCCUGUCGAUCUACUGCCACUGCGCGAAGAGGCAGGACGAAUUCGCCAGGAGCGGCGCAGUGACCAUUAUGGCGAUCAACAACGGUACCGAAGAUAUCGAUCUUCACGUCGUGCUGGGCACCAUUUUCGCCGAGAAAUCCAUGGAAGUGCAAACGUACACACUCACGGCCGCGGCGGACGCUCCCACCGUGACGUAUUUAAACGGGAAUCGACUCGUUUUACACUCGCCGGACGACGUAAACCCGUUGAAACCCGUAGUAAGACGCGCGAAAACCCCCAACCACGUGUCCGUCGAGCUUCCCGCAACGUCUAUCUCGUUUCACGUGCUAGCCGGCGCUAGGAUGCCGCCCUGCGUCCAGCACGAAAACGAAAUCGACUCGGAAUUGACGACUACGGACCGAGGCCGAGCUAAGUUACGAGCCCGGACGCCGACGCGCGUCGAGACUCGGUUCAAGGCCUUCCAAAUAGCGCAGCCCGCUCGGUCGACUUUCAGGCUCACUGUCGAGGAAGUGGAGGACGUGCUGAAGAGACGCGCGCAAGCGAAAGCGGCCGAACGCCGCGUCAAACUGACGGACGCCGAAUUGGACGCGCUCGUACGGAAGGCGACCAUCACGUUGCCCAGGAAAGUAGAGAUCAAGAGGGACAUUAAUCGGGCCUUGCUCGAGGAGAAGGCCAGCUUUUACCGAUACAACACGUUCAGCCAGGAGGCGUUGGAAAGACUCGGCAACGCCGGUAAAUCAGGGCGCUUGCCUAGAGAUUUCAAGGUCAAAAGAGACAUCAACCUGGACCUGCUCAAGAGACGAAGCGGGAAUCGCGACCUCGCCGACCCGUUCAAGGUGAAAAGAAGGACGACGACGACCACGAAACCCGCGCCAAGCAGGUGGUUCGAUUCGGACGACCUGGACGUCGAUUCCGAGGUGGGGUCGUCGCCGGACGACCUCUUCGCGGAGCUGCUGGAAACGUCGAGCGUCGACGAAGAGGUCCAGGUGCCCAAACGUCGCCCGAUCGCGAAAAAAAUCGUUUCCGACGAGUCCGGCGACGGCCGUUUGCAGUAUUUGUCGGCGUCGGGUGAAUUAGGACCGUGCAUAGGACAGUUCUUCGGCAAGCAGCCAUGUUCGUCGAUUUUCGACUACGCGAGACGAAAGCGCGACCGGCCGGAAAACGCGCUCGAUGCCGGAAUAAAGUCGACUAGGUACGACGGGCCUUUCGGCCGGUACGAGCCGAUCAGCGCGAGAUUCCGGCCAUGGCGUCCGGCCGACAUUUUGUAUUUGAAACGGGACUUUAAUACGUUCCCAUUGACGAACGGGAAAUUUAAAGGCGGACGCCGCUGGGAACGAGACGUAGACUCCGCGGAGAACGAGAUCGACCACGGCACGGACCACAGAAACUAUAUAGUUAAAGUGCCGGCAGGGGGCGCUCACCACGUACAAAAAGUCGGGGCGGCCGGGCGUCGGGCCUCGUUCGAAGGCGUUAUCGGUACGAUUUUCCGGGAGAUCUGGUCGAAACUGGCCGAGCUGGUUUCCAAACUGUGGUGAGAGGACUGGACGUGGCGAGUUGUCUUUUAUUCUUUGUUACGUUUUACUAUAAUCGGAAAUAAA